AUGGCCAACCAAAAUCAAAAUCAAAAUCAAAACCAAAACCAAAACCAAAAUCAAAAUCAAAACCAAAACCAAAACCAAAACCAAAAUCAAAACCAAAAUCAAAAGAAGCAAAAAGAAGAUUUUUCUGUAAAGGAAACAACACCUAACAUCAGUGCUGGAAGAGUGAUAGUUGGUGAUAGGCUUCCAACAUCAUUUGAUCUUGUUGAACAAAUGCAGUUUCUUUUUGCAAGAGUAGUGAGAGCCAAAGACUUACCAGAAACCGGUGGCUCUGGUCCAUGCAACCCUUUUGUGGAAGUUAAGCUUGGAAGUUUCAAAGGGACAACAAGGGUCUUUGAGAAAACUUCAAAUCCUGAAUGGAACCAAGUUUUUGCUUUUUCUAAAGAGAGGAUUCAAGAACAAGUUUUGGAGAUUGUUGUGAAUGAAAAAGAAGUUGGUUCUGGUGCUGAUCAAAAGGACUCUUUCAUCGGUCGUAUAGUUUUCACAAUAUCUGAUAUUCCUAUUAGGUUUCCUCCUGAUAGUCCUUUAGCCCCACAAUGGUAUAAGCUUGAGGAUCAAAAUGGUGUUAAACUUGUUCAUGGAGAGUUAAUGGUGUCUGUUUGGAUGGGAUCUCAAGCCGAUGAAAGUUUUCCUGAUGCUUGGCAUUCAGAUGCAACAACUACUAAUGUCGAAAACAUCGCUUACACUCGUUCUAAAGUGUAUAUUUCUCCUAGACUUUGGUAUCUUAGAGUUAAUGUGAUUCAAGCACAAGAUUUGUUUCUCAAAAACAAAAGUGGCAACAAUGAAAUCUUUAUUCAAGGUGUUCUUGGGAAUUUGGCAUUGAGAAGUUGUCCUGUGAAGAUUAAUCCGAACCCUUCGUGGAAUGAGGAUUUGAUGUUUGUUGCAGCAGAACCUUUUGAUGAGUCCUUGCUUUUAAGCAUUGAGCAAGGUCAAGGAAACUCCAACAAACAUGAAAGUUUGGGAAGUUGUAUGAUUCAUCUUAAGGAUGUUGAGAGAAGAAUAGAUGCAACUCCAACGGCUAGUGUUUGGUACAAUCUUGAGAAGCCUAAAGAACUUGAAGGUAAGGAGGAGGUUACAUUCAAUACUAAAUUGAAUUUAAGGAUUUCUUUGGAUGGAGGGUACCAUGUACUUGAUGAGGCCACUCAUUAUAGUAGUGAUCUAAGACCAUCUUCUAAGUAUUUGAACAAACCAAGUAUUGGUGUUUUGGAAUUGGGAAUCUUGAAUGCUGUUGGGCUCUCUCCAAUGAAGAAGGAUCGAACGGACGCAUAUUGUGUAGCUAAGUAUGGUCCUAAAUGGGUGAGGACAAGAACUAUUGUUGAUUGUCUUUCACCAAGGUGGAAUGAGCAAUAUACAUGGGAAGUUUAUGAUCCUUGCACAGUCAUCACAAUUGUGGUGUUUGAUAAUGGAUAUAUACAUGGAGGUAAGAAUGGUGGAGGAAAAAAUGGUGAUGUUGAUAAGAGAAUUGGUAAGGUAAGGAUUAGGCUUUCAACACUUGAAAGUGAUAGGAUUUAUACUCACUCAUAUCCACUUAUAAACUUGCAUACUCAAGGAGCCAAAAAAAUGGGAGAAAUUCAAUUGGCAGUGAGAUUCUCUUGUCCUUCUUUGUUGAAUGUUUUGCAAACUUACGCUCAACCUUUUCUCCCAACAAUGCACUACAUAUGUCCAUUGUCUAUGUUUCAGUUAGAGAGUUUGAGAAACCAAGCUGCAGCAAUCACAACAUUGAGGUUCAAAAGAGCUGAACCACCUCUUAGUAAAGAGGUUGUUGAGUUCAUGCUAGAUGUGAGAGCAAAUGUGUGGAGCAUGAGGAGAGGAAGAGCUCAGUUUUACAGGAUCGCCGGUCUUCUAAGCGGUUUAGUUUCGUUUGUUAAGAAAAUAGAAGAGUUACGCAGUUGGAAGAGUUCGGUUAAAUCGAUAGUUGGUUAUUUCAUCUUUCUCUUCAUCAUUUUCAAACCAGGAGUUAUUUUGCCAGCAACUUUUACCUUCUUAUUCUUUAAGGGAAUUUGGAGGUACAGAUUAAGGCCAAGAUAUCCUUCUCAUAUGGAUAUGCAACUUUCUCAUGCUGAUACAGCAACUAAUGAAGAAUUAGAAGAAGAGUUUGAUAAUUUCCCAACUAAAUUAAGUGGCGGUAAUCUGUCUAAAAAGUAUGAUAGAUUGAGAGGAAUUUCAGGGAGAGUGUUAGCUGUGAUGGGUGAUUUGGCAACUCAAGGAGAAAGGGUGCAGUCUCUUAUUAGCUGGAGGGAUCCAAGAGCAACAACUUUGUUCUUGAUUUUCUGUUUGGUUGCUAUCAUUUUUACUUGUUUUAUUUCUUUUCGCGUUAUAUUAUUCCUUUGGGUCACUUACUUGUUAAGACAUCCAAGGCUUCGCUUCGAUUUGCCUGCACUUCCCCAGAACUUCCUAAGGAGGAUGCCUGCUAAAUCAGAUAGCAUGUUAUGAUAUUAUUUCUCUUCAAUUUUUUUGCUUUUUCUUUUUUUGGAAACUCUGUUUGGUUCUUUCUUAUCUUUAGUAUCACAUUGUUUUUCAAUUUUAUUUGUUUUGUUUUAUCUCUAGAUUAAUUAUUAAUGUAAUGGAAUGGAGCACUUUCAAGAGCAUUAUGCAUGUAUUUUUUUUUCAUUAGUUUUAAAAGUUUGUUGUAUAGAUUUAAUUAUCUAUAUUAUGUGAU